CUCUCGUUUACAAAUUCCCUCAAAGGUCGAAUCUUUAUCUCUCCUAUCACCAACCCACAUUCUCCAAUGGCGACUCAGAGCUCCGCCGCCGUCAUUUCCGCCACUUCUGCCGCCGGUAGAGUCGAAUCAUUCCCAGAUUCAAAGAAGCCAAUCGGGUCAGUUCGAUUCCAACCCCUUCGUCUCUCCUUCUCGUACUGUAAGUCAGGGAAUAUGUCAUCUAGAAUCUGUGCUAUGGCCAAACCAAAUGAUGCUGAGACUCUUUCAUCAUCAUCAUCAGUAGAUAUGUCACUUAGCCCGCGAGUUCAAUCCUUAAAACCUUCCAAGACUAUGGUUAUAACCGAUCUUGCAGCUACUCUUGUGCAAUCCGGUGUUCCGGUUAUCAGACUAGCUGCAGGAGAACCCGAUUUCGAUACUCCCAAAGUCGUAGCUGAGGCCGGGAUCAAUGCGAUUCGACAAGGUUUCACUAGGUAUACGUUAAAUGCAGGUAUUACGGAACUCAGAGAAGCGAUAUGUCACAAGUUAAAAGAGGAGAACGGAUUGUCUUAUGCUCCGGAUCAGAUCUUGGUUAGUAAUGGAGCUAAACAAAGUCUCUUACAAGCAGUGCUCGCAGUUUGUUCUCCUGGAGAUGAAGUUAUAAUUCCUGCACCAUAUUGGGUGAGUUACACAGAACAGGCGAGAUUGGCUGAUGCAACACCCGUGGUUAUUCCUACCAAGAUUUCUAAUAAUUUCUUGUUGGAUCCAAAGGAUCUUGAGUCUAAAUUGACUGAAAAAUCUAGACUUUUAAUUCUCUGCUCUCCUUCCAACCCUACUGGAUCUGUUUACCCCAAGAGUUUGCUUGAAGAGAUUGCACGGAUCAUUGCUAAGCAUCCAAGACUUCUGGUGCUUUCGGAUGAAAUAUAUGAACACAUUAUUUAUGCACCGGCAACACACACAAGUUUUGCUUCUUUGCCUGACAUGUAUGAAAGAACUUUGACAGUAAACGGUUUCUCAAAGGCUUUCGCAAUGACGGGUUGGAGGCUUGGAUAUCUUGCUGGUCCUAAGCAUAUAGUUGCAGCUUGCAGUAAAUUACAAGGCCAGGUUAGUUCAGGAGCUAGUAGCAUUGCUCAAAAAGCAGGUGUUGCUGCACUUGAGUUAGGAAAAGCUGGAGGAGAAACAGUUGCAGAGAUGGUUAAAGCAUAUAGAGAACGACGAGAUUUCUUGGUUAAAAGCUUAGGUGAAAUCGAAGGUGUUAAGAUCUCUGAACCUCAGGGAGCUUUUUAUCUGUUUAUUGACUUCAGUGCUUACUAUGGAUCAGAAGCUGAAGGUUUUGGUUUGAUCAAUGAUUCGUCGUCUCUUGCAUUAUACUUUCUUGACAAGUUUCAGGUUGCAAUGGUUCCUGGUGAUGCUUUUGGAGAUGAUAGUUGUAUCCGAAUAUCUUAUGCCACAUCUCUCGACGUUCUACAAGCCGCAGUUGAGAAGAUCAGGAAAGCCCUUGAGCCACUCCGUGCCACUGUCUCCGUGUAACGGUUCAGACGGAGAAAUGUGUUUUUGAAUGUUUAUGAUAUGUUGUAACUUAUAUAUCAGCUUCGUCUCCAUUCCAAUAAAAAGCUCUCUCUUUA